AUGUCAGUGGAGGCUACAGAACCCGAAGUCGCAGCUCGCGCGACGCUCGCAUUACUGGAGACGCGUUUGCAUCGCCUAGAAUUCCUACUGACUGGCAAAAGCAACGAGUCUGGAAACCCACCAUCAGUGCUACAACCAGCGAGCGGUAAUGAUACAAUUAGAUCAAAAUUAAACACCCUUGAAGAUGGACUACGGAAUCUGAAGAAUCUCAACGGUCCUGCUGGCCUGAUCCUUCGAGAUAUAGACCGAUUAUCCUCGACGCACGCAGAUCUUUUCGAUCCCCUCUCCAAGCCAGAUUCGAACAUACCAAAGUCAGAGGAUUUUGCUACUCUGGCCUCGAUUGUACUCUCCCAUGCCACACUAUACCCGGAGACUGCCUCGCGAUUGUCUUCUCUUCAAACAUUACAAAUACCACCUGCAGAGCAAUCUUCCAAAUUAAUUGCUCUGAGCCCAGGGUUGGAGGAGAGUCGAAAGGUUGGGCGUCAGAUGGAGCAAGAGGUUCGCGAGCUUCGGGAACGUAGUGUACGUUGCCUUGAAUGGUGGGUAAAAAUUGGUGUCGUUGGCAUGGGCGAGAUGUGGGAGGACUGGGAGACACGCAUCGCUGACGUCGAGAGAAACGUCAUACGUUGGGAGAGAAGAGCAAGGGAUGAGCAAGGAUAUUUGUGA